CAUUUGACGCAUGCGCAAACAGACCAAGCAGCUCAAAGACUUUUGCAGGCGAACACGAUGGCGGACUGAAGGGUUGUGGCUUCCUGAAGAACUUUCAAAUGAACGAUCUAACAGUUUUAUAGAUUCUUAUAUAAUCGUCUUAUUUAAAACCCUAGAAACAGAAGUUGAUUUUGGAGUGUUACGUGAAGUGAAGAUUGAAGACGUGAUAGAAGAUGGACGACUACUGCUAUGCUAAGAUGGCGACGUCCGCUAAAAGAGAACAUGAAAGAGAAUCUUCCAGCAAAUCACCAACGGAGAAAAAGAUAAAAACCGAGGAUGAAGACGUGCAGCAGCUGAUUGGUCAUCCAGAAGAACUUCUCCCCCAGCCGCAGGGUGAUGGCUCCACUUUGAAGCAAGAGCGUCCAUGGCCCUCCCACGUUAAAGAGGAAGAGGAGGAAUUAUGGAUAACGCAGGAGACUGAUCUCACCAAGUUGCCGCUGACUGUUGUCUCUGUGAAGACUGAAGAUGAUGAAGAGAAACCACAAGUAGACAACCUCUUAGCUCCACUAUCAGAUAGUGAGGCUGAAGACGAUGUUGACGAACCUUUGAGCAGCGAUACAGACUGUGAAGGUGAUAUGAAUUCUAAUACUGACAACAAACAUUCUGGUUGCUCUGCAAAAAAGAGAAGUAAAACAUGUUUGAGCUGCUCAGUUUGUGCUAAAAGCUUUACUCAGAAGAGCAAUUUGACUAAACACGUGAGAACACACACGGGAGAAAAACCAUUUGUUUGUCCAGUUUGUGGUAAAACAUUUUCUCAAAAGACCAAUUUGACCAGGCACAUGAAAACGCACACAAGAGAAAAACCGUUUAAUUGUUCAGUUUGCGUUCAAGUUUUUUCCUAUGAGGCACAUUUGAAAGCGCACAUGAGAACACACACGGGAAAGAAACGAUUCAUUUGUUCAGUUUGUGGUAAGAAAAGUUCUCUCAAGACCCAUUUGACAGCACACAUGAGAACACACACAGGAGAGAAACCUUUUAUAUGUUCAGUCUGUGGGCAAAAAUUUUCUCAAAAUGCCCAUUUGACUGCACACUCGAGAACGCACACAGGAGAGAAACCAUUUGAUUGUUCAGUUUGCGGCAAAAGUUUUUCUCAAAAGGCCUAUUUGGCGUCACACAUGAGAACACACACGGGAGAGAAACCGUUUGAUUGUUCAGUUUGCGGCAAAAGUUUUUCUCUAAAGCAAUCUUUGACUCGACACAUGAGAGUUCACGCGGGAGAAAUGCCUGGCAAGUACACUUACAUUAAACUUUGUUAGUGCUAACAUUUUGACGCCAAACUAUCUAAAAGGAUCUUUACAUCGUGUGCAUUUUAACUCGUUACAUUCUGAGAUAAUCCGUAGAAGCAAACUGAGCAUGAACUCGAUUUUUUUCUGACAGCAGCUACACAACUUGCAUUGUUAAGAGAUCAACAUGGAUGGGGUUUCCCUCACCUUUCUUAUGGAUUACAGAAGUGUACAUCAAUGAUCAUGAAAUGGUGUUUGUGUUGUGAGAAUGAGAAUGUGAGUAUACGCUGCAGGCCAAAGUGGCCCAAAUCUGAUUUUUUAUUUUUUUUUAUCUGAUUUUUUCCCACCUGGCUGUUUACACUGCAAGUGAAAUGUGAUUUUUAUCAGACUCCAGUGUACACACCAAUAUGGCUUCAACUUCACUUGCAUGCAGAGUGCAACAAAGUGAAAACAAAAGAAGUUAACCGGGAGGAAGUUGCCACUACUACAAAAUAAAAUAAAAGUUAAUAAAAAACUUUCUUUACGUGAAAAUAAAUUAAAGUGAUAUAAUAUAUGAAUGGAUGUAUAUAGUGUGAUAUGUUUGGGAGAGUUCUAAUCUUUUAAUGGUUGUUAGAGGAGACAUCAGCGUGGAUCUACAGGAGCUUUAUUUUUCAACUCACAGCAUCAAUUCCGGUCCUUCAACAAUCGCUAUUUCUUUGGAAUUAAAAUAUAUAUUAAUAUAUUACAUAUAGCCUAUUAUUUGCUCACUAUUGACUAAUCAUGCAUCGAAAAUGUGGUCGUCUUAACCCUUGUGUGGUGUUGGGGUCUGUGGGACCCGUUUUAAUUUUUUAUUAAAAGAAAAAUGAUACAAUUAAUUAAUUUUUCAAACUGAGACUCACUGACUUUGGCUCAUUUU